UACGGGCCAACGAUGUAUUUAUUUUCGCGAAAAACGUUAGUUGACCCCCCAAAACAGAUGACUUUCAAUGUUUACCAAGGUGUAAGCUACACAGUAUAGCUAUAUAUUCAUUGUGGAGUUUCUACAUCUGCACAAACAAGUUGGACUUUGAACUCUUGUUUUUAAACACGUAUUUUUAUAUUUUUGUUUCUUAUAAAAAAUAAGAUUUCCUUAGAUUUUGUUUUUAUAUAUAAAUAUCAGAAGAAAGAUGCGAGUCUAAUAAAUGCUAAUGUUCCCAAAAAAAACACGGUGUUAGAAAGACAAAUGGAUUUUAUUUAACGACGUUGUGAUGUUAAUAUAAAACAGAUAUUUAGCGAAAAGGGUGUGUGGACUGGUGUGUGUUUACAUUAUGUUUGGUACUGGAAGGGGUACAAAUGCAUCUGCAUUUGUAAAGGCAGGAAGGCUUUUCUAUAUGGUGCAGCCAUCUACACAUAUGUUCGAGCAUAUAGCAGAUGUACCUGACUAUAUAGUUGAUGCCUUUCCAUUCUUCUCAGCUGCUAUUGUGAUUGAGAUGAUUAUAAGUUACAUCAAAGGAUAUCAAAGACUAAAGACUUUCUAUUUAUUUACCAAUAUCACAAGUGGUAUGAUGCAACAAGCUAUGAAAAAAAUUGUAACAAGGCCUCUUAUAUGGGUUCUUUAUUGUUGGACAUAUCAAAAUUACUGUUUAUAUGUCUUACCAUGGAAUUCAUUGCUUGUUUGGUUUGUUGCAUUUUUGCUUGCUGAUUUUGCCCACUAUUGGUUUCAUCGGGCAUCUCAUGAGAUCAAUUUGUUUUGGGCAUCUCAUCAAAUGCAUCAUAGUUCAGAGGAGAUGAAUUUGACUACAGCUUUGCGACAAAGUGUGGUUCAAAACACAAUUACUUCUUUGUUCUAUGUGCCAGUGGCAUUGCUUGUACCACCUUCAUUAUUUUUCUUGCACAUACAACUGAACACCAUUUAUCAAUUUUGGGUACAUACUGAGGUGAUCAGGAGCCUUGGCCCCUUGGAGUACAUUUUAAAUACAGCGAGUCACCAUAGAGUACAUCAUGGUCGAAAUCCAUAUUGUAUUGAUAAAAAUUACGGUGGUGUAUUGAUAAUAUGGGAUCGCAUGUUUGGUACAUUUGCAGCUGAAGAUAAAACAGUUGCUUAUGGUUUGGUUGGUAUACAAAUGACAACAAGCCCAUGGCUGCUUCAGUUUGGUCAUUUUAUCGACCUGUUCAAACGUGCAUACAAAAUGGAAAGCAUAUCCGACAAGUUCGGUGUUUUUUUUCGCAGUCCAGGCUGGCUCUCUGAAUCUGAAAAGAUUGGACUGAGUGAGGAUGAUAUGAAACUACCAGAGGUUGAACAUCCUAUCGUUUACCGUGAUUUGAUUACAGACAAUGACACCGUCGAAGCUACCUAUGUUUUCAUUCAUUUUGUUAUUGCAGUUCUUCUGUUUCAACAAUUUUUCGACAUUAAAACGGGUAUAUCACAAGCAGAGAAUUAUGGAGUGCUUUUUAUCAUAUUUUCAAGCCUUACUGUAUUCGGAUACAUUCUCGAGAAAAGACAUUUUGGGUAUCAUGUUGAAUUUGUUCGUUGUAUCCUGAUACUCAUUGUUGAUGGUUAUUUAACCAUGGGUGGAUACGUAAACCCAGUUGUACCACGUUUCGGUAUGAUCAUCAUACGGCUCGUGUAUAUUCUUUCAUCGUGCGUGUUGGUGCAUCUCAUGUUCAACAGGAAGAAGAAGACUGCGAAACUGAAUUAAAGUCAAGAAUACGGGUUUCUUGUUCGUUUUUUGAAGUAUUUUAUUAAAUGUCUUUUUACUGUAUUUCAAACUAUAGAAAAUAUGCUGUAAUUUUAUGCGAUCAUAAAUGACUGAGUAGGCGCCUUUUCCUGGAUAAAACCCUUAAACAUGGACGCUUAUUAAGACAUUUGCUGUAUAAUUUUUGCUUUAUUUCAUUAGUUGUAGAUAAAAAAAUAAUAUAUUUUAAAAAUUUUACAAAUCGAAAUUUCCCAGCUGAAAGUCAUUCUGCAGGAACAGGAUGGCUAGUUCAACUGUGAGUAAUUAUAUAGAUAUAAUGUUAAAAUUUGCCCAGUUGAUUUAAAGUGAAACUUGUAUGAAAAUUUUUAAAAAAAUGUAAAUAAUUUAAGUUCUAGAAACUGUAUAUGAUUUUAAUAAGCAUUAUGUGUUUAAAGAAACUCAAACCCAGCUCAAAAUAGGUUAUACAGUACAGCUAAUUUCGAAGUUUGUUACCACAAGUAAUUACUGUUCCGAUAUUAAAUUGAGUCAUUUUGAACUUGUCAAUGUCCACACAGGCUUAGGAUUGUGGGUAUUCGGUUAUUUGGUUAAAUCCAUGUGAUGUGCAAAUAUAGUGUUUUUGCAGCCUGCUGACUGUAAAUUAUACUAUUGUUGGAUGAUUUUUGAUAUAUUUAUAAUUUUAAAUGAAACUGCUUUGUUAGCAUUUUCAUUGAUUUUAUUUUUCAUGGCUAAUCAAUAUUUUUUCUAAAAAUGUUUCGUCCUCUUUUUUGUGUCAGGUACAACAAUCCUGCAAGUCUGUGUGACAACCCCUUUUCGUACAUGUUAUUUCUUGCAUUCUCUUAGCAAACUAAAACUUAUUCAGCCAACUAAUCAUUUGGAGUGACUUUUUAAGGAAUUUCUCACUUGUUCCAAAUUCCUGGUGUUUUAAAAGAGCGGCAGGCACCCAUGAAAUCCUUAGCGAUGCCCAUGCUUUUUUGGAUUCUUAUUACCAAACUCGAUCCCAGGACUUGUUGCUUAUUUAUAUACAUCUACGCUUUUCGGUCUUCAUCCAAGGUUACAAACCCAGAGAUCAAGGUUGUCUUUUAUCUUGCUCUCCGAUGUCAAACGAAAACAAAAAAUGAGAGUGAAGUGGACACAGAUUUAUUUGCGUUUAUCUACGCCCAUAACAUACAGGGCUGUGUAUGGGCGUAAGAAGGGCGCAAGUUAAAAAAAGCUAAUGUUUAGUGGUAAAAAGAAAUGGCAUCUAUGACAGUCAAAAAACAACGUUAUCUUUUAGAGUUACUCUAAGAAGUGUCAUUUACAAUUGUUGGGAAAGUGAACACUUAUAAUGCGAGUCUAGCCUAAAUGCCCCCAAAUUAGGGAUUCCUUUUUUAUAAUAAAACAAGCUUUGUCUUUUCGUCGUCUGGCUUUUAACGAUAUAAAUAGAAAUAAUUCGCCAUAAACAACCUGGGACUGUUUUAAUGACGCGCCAUUAUGUUAUAAAUUGUUACAAAAGGUUUUACUAUCUGGCGGGUUGAAGUAUGAAAAA